UGAUGAUCUGUGUAGCCCCAGCUGUGCCACCUGUCAGUGUCCAUCAGUGUCAGCUGUCAGUGCUCACCCAUGCCACGUGCCAGUGCCCAUCAGUGCCACAUUUCAGUGCCCAUCAGUGCCACAUCAAUGUCACAUAUCAUUGCCCAUCUGAGCUGCCUUUCAGUGUCACCCAUCAGUGCCAGUCAGUGCCACCUAUGAAUGCCAUCAGUGCCGCCUAUCAGUGCCAGUCAGUGCCGCCUAUCAGUGUGCAUCAGUGCUGCAUAUCAGUGCCUGUCAGUGUUGCCUGUCAGUGCCGCCUAACAGCGCCCGUCGGUGCCACCUAACAGUGCCAUCAGUGCCACCUAUCAGUGUCACCUAUCAGUGCUGCCUAUCAGUGCCGUGUAUGAGUGCUGCCUCUCAGUGCCCAUCAGUGAUGCCUGUCAAUGCCCAUCAGUGCCACAUACCAGUGUUUCCUCAUCAGUG